AAUCGAAUCGCAUGCGAGGAGUGACGCCGAUCCUGCUCUCGACGCUGCAGUCGCUCCUGCUACCAGCGACGGGCGGGCGGCCGCCCAACAGCUUCGGCCCGAGCCUCAUGCUCGUGGCGCAGACGAGCUCGGCCAACGACGCGAUCCUGCUCAGCGACGGGCGCCACUCGGUCUGGUGCAUUUUGCAGCGCGGUGUCCUCGCCAGCCUCCAGGACGAGUUCCCGCACAUCGAGACGGUCCAUGGCCUCCACGGCUUCACGAUCCGCGUGCCCAAGUUCCGCUAUGACACGCCAUGGCGCCAUAUGAAGCGAGCCAUCGGCGCCAUCACGGCGUCGCGCGUGUGCAUUGUCGUCGACGCGCUCGAUGUUGUCGACGCGACCCACGUGCACGUGCCCGAGACGCUGCUCGUGACGCGGGAUCCGUCGCUUCUUGCGGUCCUCAGCUCGAUGAUGGUUGCACAGCUCGAAGCACGACUGCUCGCCGAGAGCGCUGUCCCGCAUGCGUUCCAGAUUGAGGCACUCCGUGUGACCGACUGCAUCAUUCCACCCGACCAGGCUCAAAAGCUCCACGAGUCGGCGCCCUUGGCGUGCGCCAACCAGGACAUUGAGACCAAUUUCAUUCCUGUCGAGAGCGACGACGACGAUGAGAGCCAAGACAUCGUGUCCUCGCAGGUCGCGCCGAGCCAGGCAACAAAUCGAGCCAAUGAGACCCAGCGACACGCAGCCGACCAAGCGCCGGAGCCCGCUGCGCCACGUCUGUCCACGCCUGCUUCGUCAUCAGUACCAACGACGACGCACGUGGCACCAGUAUCGGCCUCGACACGGGCAACCGCGCCACUUGCUGCCGUAGCUCCGACAACUGGCAACGGCGCGAGCGCCCGGCCAUUACCCUCGACCGCGCAACUCGAAUCCAGCCCCCAGCGCCGUGUCGAGAACUCACCGGAUUCCGCCCGUCGUCUCGAGCCGUCGAAAGCUUCGCCGCAGCGCCGAAAGCGAGCCGCGUCACCUGCCGCGGACUCAUCGGCGCGAAAGCGAGCUCAGUCACAGGCGACGACGACGUCACCGGUCACCGGCCGCCGUAGCACGCACGACGCACCGUCACCUGUGACCGACGCACCGUCACCUGUGCUGCGCCAAACGUCCAGCGUAUCUGGUUUUGUGUUUCCUCCGUCGCAUCGUCCUGCGGGCCAAGCAACCAGCUCGAUCCUCGACACGACGACCGCUGCGUUGUCGGCCAACACCGACACUGUCGCCCGCUGCACGACACCGCAUAGCUCGCCGAAUCGGACCCAAGCGUCGACAAUCCCAGAAGUUUUAUCGCGGUUGCCGCCGCGCAUGCGCGAGCCAUCCGCGCCAGCGUCGCCGUCGCUUUCGCACGUGCUCUCUCGCCUCCCGUCCAAGCCGUCGCCGAUCAAAUCGACCAAGGCACCGGCGCGAACACUCGAGAGUCGAGACGAUGGCGCCAUCGCUUGCAUCGACUUGACGCAAGACGACAUUGAAGAUGACGACGACGUGGUUUGCGCCACAAAACGCAAGCCGCCGAGUCCGUCUCUUUGGCCCGAGGCGUCGCAGCAGCCCAUUGCAAUCGUCGACGAGGACGACGACGAGACGCAGAUGCCGCCGUCGUCGCCGCGUCGCCAGGAUGAAGCGCAAGACACGCGCCACAGCCGAGACACGGGGCGAGAUUUGUUUGUGAUGGACUUUGGCGGUCCGCAGACGCAGUAUUUCAACAGCCAAGAGACCGCCGACGACGACGCCGAUAGCCAAGCGACCGUCUCGUCGCCCGACUCGGACAGGGAAAAUGACGUCGGUGCGGCCAUGGACAACGGGCUUUGGCUCACACAACCCAUGACAGAGCCGUCACACAGCAUCGAACCGGUACUGGCGAGCCAAGCGAGUGGGCCACACCGCGCCCAAGCGAACGCGUCCCGGCCCGACCAAGUCCAGGAGCGUGCAGCCGACGACCAAGCCCCGGCUUCCUCCGACGUGGUGUCGGCACCCUCGACCAGUGCACCGGCGGAUGUCGCAGCCCCGGACGCGCCACGCUCCACCCCAACCGCAGUGCCCGAUGCUGCUACUGCUGCUCCCGAGGCAUCGCAGACCGGGCUGGCGACCGAUGCGCCGGUGGCGAAUAGUGGCGCCAUCGAGACGCAGGCAAACGACCGUGCCGAGUCCCGGCCACAGCAGCCUCGUCCAGCCAAAGUCGCGAGACGUGCAGCCGUUCGUUGUUUGUGUGAACCCACUCCUGUGGUGCCGCCGCCGUACUCGUCGUUCCGAUACGUCUGGGGCAACGGUCGCUUGAGUGUCGUGGCUGUCCCCCGGCCGCCGCAAGAGUUUGAAGCCGAGCUCCGCCGGCACUUUGCGACGUCGGCCCAGCGCCGCACCGGGACAUGAGCGCCGUCUAGAUGUGUGUCCGCCGAUGUACUUGCAAAUAGUAAACAGAUGCCACCUCACACAACACGCUUCAUUUUCAAC